AAUGGCCUCGCUCUCCUCUCUCAAACAGAGGCGGCCAUGUUGUAUCCGCGGGUGUGUGUAUGUACUACGUGCUGCCGGUGUGAGUAUGUGUGAGACCGAGCGCCCCAGACUAGACGUGGCUCGAACAUACGCGCUCUAAACCUUCGCCAUGAGCCGUCCGUCCUCAGCGGGUGGUGCGGGCGGAGGACUGGGAGCCGGUAAGGCAGGAGGAGGGAAUAAACACGGCGGUUCCGGAGGAGGAGGAGGUGGUGGAGGAGCGGCAGCCGCCGCUGCUGCAGCCGCUGCGGCCGCGGCGGCGGCGGCAGCAGCGGCGGCGGCGGCUGCAGCGGGGGUUUCGGGCUCGGUCUCUGGCUCCAGUUCCGUGCCCGCGGCCGCCGUGGCCUUGCCCACCUCCGCCGCCGCAGCCGCGGCUCUGCCCGGACAGUCAGCCGAGCUGACUGCGCUGUUCGAGUGUCCGGUGUGUUUCGACUACGUGCUGCCGCCGAUCCUGCAGUGCCAGGCCGGGCAUCUGGUGUGUAACCAGUGUCGCCAGAAGCUGAGCUGCUGCCCGACGUGCCGGGGCCCUCUGACACCCAGCAUCAGGAACCUGGCGAUGGAAAAAGUCGCCUCCACGCUGCCUUUCCCAUGUAAGUAUGCCUCAGCGGGUUGCCUGUUGUCGCUGCACCACAGUGAAAAGCCGGAGCACGAGGAGGUGUGCGAGUUCCGCCCUUACACCUGCCCCUGCCCAGGAGCCUCCUGCAAAUGGCAGGGCUCCCUGGAGGCGGUCAUGCCUCACCUCAUGCACGCCCACAAAUCAAUCACCACACUGCAGGGAGAGGACAUCGUCUUCCUGGCCACAGAUAUCAACCUGCCAGGUGCCGUGGAUUGGGUCAUGAUGCAGUCUUGUUUCGGGCACCACUUCAUGCUGGUACUGGAGAAGCAGGAGAAGUACGAAGGCCAUCAGCAGUUCUUCGCUAUUGUUCUACUCAUAGGCACCCGAAAGCAAGCCGAAAACUUUGCCUACCGCCUCGAGCUGAAUGGCAACCGUCGACGGCUCACAUGGGAAGCCACGCCACGGUCCAUUCACGACGGUGUGGCUGCAGCAAUCAUGAACAGUGAUUGUCUCGUCUUUGACACCUCCAUUGCCCACCUUUUUGCUGACAAUGGCAACCUGGGCAUCAACGUUACCAUCUCCAUGUGUUGAGGUGGCAGUCCAAGAGUGGCAGUUUUCUUUGGGGUUGAAGCCCUGGAUGACUGCAGUUCCUCACCAGAGUGGGGGGGGUCUAAGAAUGACAGGUGGGAGAUGUAUACAUUUGUGUGUAUAUAUGUCUGUUCAAGACUUAUUCCCUCCAAUAAGGCACACUGAGACUGACCUCCAGGUUAGUGUCCUGAAUGGAUAAGAGGGUCUUUCUUGAGACUAGAGAAUAUGGCAUAUUGUUGGCAUGUGGCAACUAGCUCAAGUACAGCUGAAAUUUUCUCUUGUAUUGACCAAGAAGCCACCUAAAUGUGCUCUGCUCUCUGACCUAGUCCAGCCUGAGUAUAGAAGAUAACUCUGUCUUGACUGGAAUACUCUCUGCCACGGCCAAACCAACAUACAAUAAGGUCUAGUCAAUGGACCCUCCAAAGCAUUGUGGAUCAACUGGUCAGGCCUCAAAAAACGCACAGUUUGGGUGGAGUCAGGACCUGAUGCAGUUACAGUCAAAGCUGCCUCACACAGCAUACGUGUGAAAUGAAAUUGCACUGGCUUCAAAGGAAUCAUGACUAUGUAAAUGCUAAUAUGCUGAUGUUCAUGUUUGAGCUGUACUUAUAUGAUGCAGUGCCCAGAAAUUAAUUGGUGUACAUGGUGGAAAUAAAACUCACUUGCAGGUUGAUUGCAUGACUGGCCACCAUGUCUAUCAGGCAAAUAUAUGACUUUGUCUCCAUCAUGUUUUUCUUCCCUGUUCAUCUGUCUUAGACAACUUGUCCUUUCUGUCCUAUAAUCUUUGAAAGCAAUGGAAACCCUUUGUGGUAUAAAUUAAGUCCUUUGAGAAAGAUAUUAAGUUCUUGAUUAUCACUGAGCAGACCCUUCCUAGAUGCAGGAGUCUGGGUUUUGGUCAUUAAUGAAAUGAAAGAACUACAGCCAGAUUGUGACAAGCCUCGUUAGCCAUAAUCUUAUUCCCACAUCACUCAAAUAUCCUCAAAUACUGUAUGUUUGAAUUUCAUACUUGAAUGUUCUUGGGACUGUGCUGCUCUACAAAGGCAAAGGGCAGUAACUAUGCCAACCGUGAAAAGAAGGAAAAACAGCUUGAAAGUUCUGUUGUUGUCCAGCCAAAUAUGUUGCUGUAGUUUCUCUCAAACACCCAUUUUUGGUCAGUAUCUCAAUUUCAACCAAAACUACAGUACCCAUGUUUGCCUUUGUGCUGUAGUAUAGUCCUCAAGCACCACUCUGGGCUCUUGUGAUUAUAAGGUAGUAGUCCAGUCACUGAUGACUGCAUGUAAACAACAUGAACCUGCAUGGUAUGAUGAAUGAUUGUCAGCUAACUGCUCUUGGAUGCAGUUGCUGCAUUGGACUGGUUCAGGGUUUCAGGAUUACCUGUGUAUGUUUCUUACUGAAUUCCUCUUUUUCUAUUUGAGGUAAUCAAAGAGAACUGAUGAUACGCUUUGUAAAUAUUCACACAGAUCUAGUUUUGUUGCUAUUUGUUGUGUUCUUGUUAUGUCUCUUUUAGUGGGUUAUUUAGUCUAGCUUGUUUUGUGCUCCAGCUCUUUUAAACCGCAACUCCGUGAGAUUUGGGAGAUCCCUGCCCCCCUCACUCCAUGGUUGAGUCAACCUACAACGCCUUACUUGUAUACAAACCCAACCUUUCAGAGCCCAUCAGGGCUCCUACUGAAGAUCAGGUCACAGUGAUCCAAACCGCUAGUGUCUUGAAAAGACUCUGAAUUAUAAGAGACUUGUUCGUAAAUAGUGGCAUUAUGGGGACACAUGAUCAUGAGACAUCUUUCAUAAGCCCCCCGGAUCUCCACAACAGUAGCGGUACCAUUCACAUAAUACAACCUAGAAAUCCUAACUCUCUUCUCGAAUACCUCUGAUGACGUCAGACAUGUCUGUAAGUGGACUGUGCAGAUCUUUCUGGACCCUGGUGGUCUUCAGUUUAACGAAAACCAGAAUUCCCUCAGCUCAAAGUUACUGUUCUGGUCAUAUUUCUAAUUAAUUUAAAUAAUGUAAAUGUUAUUCCCUAAUGUUUUAUCUGUAAUCCAGGAAAAUGUACCAGCUUGUGUUUAUUUUUGUCUUUGUGUUCAUGGAUUUUAUACUUUUGUGUAGAACUUGAAGGAAAUGUGUUGUUAUUUGGUGAGAUCAUACACGCUCUAGUUAGCGUCUGCUUCACAUAAAAAUGUGGCUUUAAUCAUCUGGUUGUCAUGGCAACUGAAAAUGCUAAUUAGUACUUGGGAUAAUAGAGCACGGAAGUGAUGUUUUGGAUGCCAGUGCUGCAUUCAGGAAACCCCCACAGUGACACUAAAUUACAUGAAAUGACCGCUGGUUAUGAAGUCCUUAUCUUUUUAAGCCACGUUUCUUUCCAUUCGUUCACGGUUUAUAAAAGGGGCCAAAAAGUGCAUUAACUAUGAGGCUUUGUGUUUCAGGAAAGAUAAAACAUUAGGUAGGAAACGGAGAGGCACACAUACCAUGACUGUUUAUCAUUACCUUGAUAAAAGUUCAGGGUGGGAAAAGUAGCUGAUUCUUAGAUUCUCUCAAUCAGAAAAAGAGACUGAAUCAAUUCAGAUGUCAAAAUCAGCUGUGCAAUUACCCCAUUGUGAAACUUGGUGCCCCCAGAGACUUUAUAAAGUAGGAUACUUUUGUAAAGCCUGGCUUGGAGGAGGGAAAAAAUGCAGUCUUACACUGGUCACAGUUUUUGUGUAUGUAAAGUAAAAGGUUUGAAUCCAUAGUAUACAUGACUGUGUGAAAUAAGAGGUAAGAUUUCUUUUAAAGAGUUUACCUGAAUGUUAGAGGUUUCAAAUGUCCUUAAAUGGGGUUGAACUCUUAGUAACCUCAAACUGCUAAAAAUGUUAGCAAUAGCAAUGUCCUAUGAACAAAAAAAAAUCUUUUUGAUUUUUGUUUAAACAAGUUAAUUGGUGAAUCAUCUACAUUUAAGCUACUUGUGAUACAUGGGGGGGGGGAAUCAUAAUGCAGGCCAUAGAAAACAAAAAUGUGAGGAUGCAUCCAAGAAUUGUUUUAAAAUCUCGUCUUCGCCCCCUGAAUCAAAAAUCCGAAUUUUAAGGAUGCCUAAAGAUUCCCACUCCUUUACAAAUCUGUUAUUGAGUCAGACAUUGAUCAGAGCACCCAUAGGUUAACAUGGGGUUCUCCUUCUCUGUUGGCCUGGCUUUAUAGAACAGAACACGGCCCACUCACUUACGGGCAGAGAUGCCAGAUGACAACCCAGCAAAAUUACGCAAACUUGGGAAGUUUCCCUUUUGUUGUAUGCGACCACCCACAACGAAUGCAAAAUGUGGAAAUCCACUUCCGUGCUCUAUUUAUCUUUUGAACCUAAGAACAGCGACAGUGGUUGACACGCAUUAGACUGAACGAGCUGGUUGAUCCUCAUCGAUUGUUAAAGGUUAACAAGGCAAUUUAACACCAGCUGGCAAAUCUUCUGAAAGACAGUAAUAUGUAGGCUAUAGUAUGUUCAGCAGGAACACUGCCAUUAGUCAGUUUGAUGUCAGUACAAAGACUACAAGUCUGUCUGACUAAAGGCACAUUGAGUGGGAGGAGCACCUCCAUGCUAACCACAAGCCUGUGAGUGAGCGCCAAGCACUUAUUUUCUAGAGAGGAAACAAUGUCCCCCACUUACUGGGGGAAGCUGUAUGUUUGUGCAAUAGAGAGUAAAACAAGUGAUGCAGAAUCAACAAUAGAGGAACAAGUCAUUUGUGAUUGAUCACAUUGAUUAAACAAAAUGUGGGUAAAAUAA